UCUUCCCGGACCAGGGCUCGAACCCGUGUCCCCUGCAUUGGCAGGCGGAUUCUUAACCACUGUGCCACCGGGGAAGUCCCGGAAGCUGCAUUUUUAAAUAGGGUGAGCCAGGAAGAGCAGAAAGGCCUGAAGAAGGUAAGGGAAUGAGCUAUGUGGCCAUCUGGAGGAGCAUUCCAGGCAGAGAGAACAGCCAGUGCAAAUGCCCCAAGAUGGGAGCAUGCCUGGCUUGUUGGAGGAACAGCCAGGAAGCCAGGGUGGAUGGAGUGGAGUUAGUGAAGAGUAGAGUAAGAGAUGAGGCCAGAGAGGUAAGAGAAAGGGUAGUUUUUAGAGGGCUUUAUAGGCCAUGAGGAAGACUUUGACUUUUAAUCUGGAAGGUUUGUGAGUUGAAGAAAGAACGUGAAUUGACUGUGUUGAAAUGCUGUGUUAGCAGUAGACUGGGGGUGGUGGGGGGCAGGAUGGGGAGCAGGAAAAGAGGCUACUGUGAUUUUCCAGGUAAGAGAUUGGUGAUGCUUGGGGCCAAAAGAGUGUUAUUGGAGAUGAAGAGAAGGGUUUGGAUUCUGGAUAUCAUUUGGGUCUCAAGCAGGGGUUCAAGCAGAUGAAGUCUGGGACUUGACCGUUGGACUUAACUACACAGAGGUCACUGCAUAGCAUCUUGAGAGGAGCAGUUCAAGGCUCUGGGAAGCGGGUGUCAAAAGUGUAAUCAGAGAGGUGGAAAUAAUGCAGCUAGACAACUCAAUGCAUUUUGCCAUCCAGGCGAAGCGCCUUCAGGACUGGAUAUGGGGUGGAUUGGAAAGAGAGGGAUCAAGGAUGUGUCCAGGGAUUCUUGACCUGAGAAUGGAGUUGGUAGUUCCACAAAUGGGGAACACUGGGGCUGGAGCUUGUUUGCAGGAAAACCAGGAAUAGAAUUUGGAUCUGUCAGAUGAGAGGUGGAUCCCAAGGUGGAGAUGUGGAGGGCUAGUUGGAUAUUUGAGUCUAGGAUGGAGGGGGGAGUGCUGGGCUGGAGAGAUACACUUGGGAGUCAGCAUAUUUAUGCUCUUUAAACUCCUGAAUCUGGAUGAGCUUCCCAAAGGGAUGAGUGUAGCAUGGAGAUGGACCAGAGUAGAGGUCCAAGGCCUGAGCUCUGGGACUGUGUGUCUUUAAGAGGUCUGGGAGAUGGGGAGGAACCAUCCCAGGAGGCUGAGAAGGAACCUCGAGGGAGGUUCCAGAAGGUGUGGCACCCUGGAAGCCGAGCCAAGCAAGUAGAUGAAGGAGAGGAGCGUGAAGCUGCGUCUCAAGCAGGAGUUCAAGCAGAUGAAGUCUGGGACUUGACCGUUGGACUUAACUACACAGAGGUUACUGCAUGGGACCUUGAGAGGAGCAGUUCAAGGCUCUGGGAGGGGGGAUGUAAAAAGUGUAAUUGGAGAACUGGAAAUAAUGCAGCUAGACAACUCAAUGAAUUUUGCCAUCAAGUGGAACAGGUAAAUGGGGCAGGAGCUCCAGAAGGAGUGAGGUCAAGACAGCCUUUCUUAUGGGAGAAAGAAUGGUAUGCUGUAUGCUGAUGGGAAUAAUGUAGACGAGAAGGACAAAUUGAUAACGUGGGGAGAGAGGGCAGAAUUGCUGGAGUGUGUCCCUGAAAAGGUGGUGGAGGGAUUGACCAGAGCUGGGAGUGGGGAUGGUUUAUCAAAUUGAUAACGUGGGGAGAGAGUGGAGAAAAUCGCCACAGGAUCAGAGGGUUGAAUAAUGGGGCGGGAGCUUCUGGAAGUUCUCUUCUGAUUCUGUUCUCUCAGUAAAAGAAGCAAAGUUAGUGUCUGAAGUGUGAGGAUGGGGGAGGGGUGUGACCUGAAUGGGCUUGGAUUUGCUCAGUGAAGGAGACGGGGCUAAGGCCGAGGCCGUGGCUUUGUCCUUAAGUGUCAGAACCUCAAACCAGGAGGAACUUUGCGUCUCAAUCUUGUGCUCGGGUAUAGGCGGGGCCAAAAAUUUGGGAGGCGCCUCGCUGCACAGGCUCCAGAGAAGUGGGCGGAACCAGGCCUGGGCGGAGCCCAGAGAUGCCCACGCCCCGCCCACCUCCACCUGGCCUGCAGGGGACCAGCUGCUGAGCGCCCGAGUGUUCUUCGAGAACUUCAAGUACGAGGACGCACUACGCCUGCUGCAAUGCGCCGAGCCUUACAAGGUCUCCUUCUGCCUGAAGCGCACUGUGCCCACCGGGGACCUGGCGCUGCGGCCUGGGACCGUGGCCGGCUACGAGAUCAAGGGCCCGCGGGCCAAGGUGGCCAAGCUGAACAUCCAGAGUCUGUCCCCUGUGAAGAAGAAGAAGAUGGUGGUGCCCGGGGCCCUGGGGGUCCCUGCAGACCUGGCCCCUGUUGACGUCGAAUUCUCCUUUCCCAAGUUCUCCCGUCUGCGUCGAGGCCUCAAAGUCGAGGCUGUCAAAGGUCCUGUCCCAGCUGCCCCCACCCGCCGGCGCCUCCAGCUGCCUCGGCUACGUGUCCGAGAAGUGGCCGAAGAGGCCCAGGUAGCCCGACUGGCCGCUGCAGCUCCUCCCCCCAGGAAGGCCAAAGCAGAGGCCGAGGGGGCUGCAGGAGCCCGAUUCACAGCUCCCCAGGUGGAGCUGGUUGGGCCUCGGCUGCCGGGUGCUGAGGUGGGUGUCCCCCAGGUCGCAGCCCCCAAGGGGGAGGUGGCCCCUGCAGCAGAGGUAGUCAGUGGCUUUGCCCUCCACUUGCCAACCCUUGGGCUGGGAGCCCCAGCUGCACCUGCUGUGGAACCUACGGCUGGAGGGAUCCAGGUCCCACAAGUGGAGCUGCCCACCUUGCCCUCGCUACCCACUCUGCCCACACUUCCCUGUCUGGAGACCCGGGAAGGGGCUGCGGCAGUGACGGUGCCCACCCUGGACGUGGCAGCGCCUACAGUGGAGGUGGACCUGGCCUUGCCUGGUGCAGAGGUGGAAGCCCAAGUAGAGGCGCCUGAGGUGGCCCUGAAGAUGCCCCGCCUCAGUUUCCCCCGCUUUGGGGCUCGAGCAAAAGAAGUUGCCGAGGCCAAGGUGGCCAAGGGCAGCCCUGAGGCCAGGGUGAAGGGGCCCAAACUUCGAAUGCCCACCUUUGGGCUUUCUCUCCUGGAGCCCCGGCCCGCUGCCCCUGAAGCCGUUGAGAGCAAGCUGAAGCUGCCCACCAUCAAGAUGCCCUCCUUUGGCAUCGGGGUCUCGCCGCCUGAGGCCAAGGAGACCAAGGGGCCUGAGGUGAAGCUCCCCAAGGCCCCAGACGUCAAGCUCCCCAAGAUGCCUGAGGCAGCCCUUCCAGAUGUGCGACUCCCAGAGGUGGAGCUCCCCAAAGUGUCAGAGAUGAAACUCCCAAAGGUGCCGGAGAUGGCCGUGCCAGAGGUGAGGCUUCCAGAGGUGCAGCUGCCGAAAGUCCCUGAGGUGAAACUCCCAAAGGUGCCGGAGAUGGCCGUGCCCGAAGUGCAGCUCCCGAAAGUUCCGGAGCUGAAGCUGCCGAAGGUACCCGAGAUGAAAUGCCCCGAAAUGAAACUCCCGAAGGUGCCCGAGAUGGCUGUGCCAGAGGUGCGACUCCCAGAGGUACAGCUGCCAAAAGUUUCGGAGAUAAAACUCCCCAAGUUGCCCGAGAUGGUCGUGCCGGACGUGCACCUCCCGGAAGUGCAGCUGCCAAAGGUGUCGGAGAUGCGGCUGCCGGAAGUGCAGGCGCCAAAGGUCCCGGAUGUGCAUCUGCCGAAGGCACCUGAGGUGAAGCUGCCCAAGGCUCCGGAGGUGCAGCUGAAAGCUGCCAGGGCAGAGGAAGCAGAGGGGGUGGAAUCUGGCUUCAAGAUGUCCAAGAUGACCAUGCCCAAGCUAGGGAGGGCAGAGUCCCCAUCUCGCGGCAAGCCAGAUGAGGCAAGUGCUGAGGUCUCGGGGAAGCUGGUGACACUUCCCUGUCUGAAGCCAGAGAUGGGCAGCGAGGCUCGUGUGGGCGUCCCCCCUCUCACACUGCCCUCAGUGGAACUAGACCUGCCCGGGGCCUUCGGCCUGGAGGGGCAGGUCCCAGCAGCCGACGUGGGCAAGGUGGAGCAGUCAGAAGCCCCUGGGGUGGCAGCAGGGGUCAGGGAAGUGGCCUUCUGGUUGCCCUCCGUUGAGAUUGUCACGCCACAGCUGCCCACAGUGGAGGCUGAGGAAAGGCAAGUAGAGGUGACGGAGGUGAAAGUCAAGCCUUCCUCCAAGUUCUCCCUGCCCAAGUUUGGACUCUCGGGGCCAAAGGUGACCAAGGCAGAGGCUGAGGGGGCCGGACGAGCCGCCAAGCUAAAGGUGUCCAAGUUUGCCAUCUCACUCCCCAAGGCUCGGGUGGGCACCGAGGCGGAGGCCAGAGGGACGGGGGAGUCAGGCCUGCUGCCCGCCCUCGAUCUGUCCAUCCCACAGCUCAGCCUGGAUUCCCAUCUGCCCACAGGCAAGGUGGAGGUGGCAGGGACUGACGCCAAGCUCAAGGGGUCCAGGUUCAGCCUGCCCAAGUUUGGGGUCAGAGGCCGGGACAGCGAGGCAGGAGAACUAGUGCCAGGGGCGACUGAGUUGGAGGGCAAGAGCAGGGGUUGGGAUGCGAGGGUGAAGAUGCCCAAGCUGAAGAUGCCCUCCUUUGGGCUGGCUCGAGGGAAGGAAGCAGAAAUCCAGGGGGGGCGAGUCAGCCCCGGGGAAAAGCCAGAGUCCACGGCUGUGCAGCUUAAGAUCCCUGAGGUGGAAUUGGUUACUCUGGGGGCCCAGGAGGAAGGGCAAAUGUCCGCCACCAGGCAGGUGGGCACUGAGGGCCAGGAUGGGGGGCCGAGGGGGCCGCUCUGCAUCUCCCUGCCCCAGGUGGAGCUGCCCAGCUUUGGGGAGGCUGACCUGGGUGCCACCCCCGGGCAGCAGGACAAGAAUGCACCUCCUCCAGCAGCGGGCACACCAGGCUAUAGGAUCCAGGUGCCUCAGGUGACCUUGUCUCUACCUGGAGCCCAGGUGGUGGGUGGUGAGCCGCUUGAGGGUGAGGGUGUCUUCAAGAUGCCCGCUGUGACAGUGCCCCAGCUUGAGCUGGACGUGGGGCUGAGCCGAGAGGGGCAGGCGGGUGAGGCGGCCACAGGUGAGGGCGGGCUGAGGCUGAAGAUGCCGACGCUGGGGGCUAGGGAUGCGGCGGGGGGUGAGGGGCCUAGGGACCAGCCCCCAGGGGCCGAGUGCCCCUUCCGCCUCUCGCUGCCUGACGUGGAGCUCUCCCCGCCCGCUGUGGGCAGCCAUGCCGAAUACCAGGUGUCUGAGGGCGAGGGGGAUGCCGGACACAAGCUCAAGGUGCGGCUGCCCCGGUUCAGCCUGGCACGGGCCAAGGAGGGGGUUGAGGAGUCCGAGAAGGCCAAGAACCCAAAACUCAGGCUGCCCCGCGUGGGCUUCAGCCAGAGCGAGGCGGCCAGUGGGGAAGGCUCCCCCAGCCCCGAGGACGAGGAAGAGGAGGGCUGCGGGGAAGGGGCCUCCGGGCGUCGGGGCCGCGUCCGCGUCCGCUUGCCCCGUGUGGGCCUGACUACCCCCUCCAAGGCCCCUCGGGGGCAGGAGGGCGAGGCGGCCCCCAAGUCACCUGGAGGGGAGAAGUCACCCAAGUUCCGCUUCCCCCGGGUGUCCCUAAGCCCCAAGGCCCAGGAGGAAGGUGGAUUCCGGGUCCGGCUGCCCAACGUGGGGUUUUCGGAGACGGGGCCUCCAGGCCCCACGAGGAUGGAGGGGGCUCAGGCUGCCGUCAUCUGAAACCCCUCAGCAGAGGGAGACUCCCCUCCCGUCUUCCCAUCCCCCUCCUCGUUUUGUGUGUGAGAUAACUAGCACUAACCCUCAGAGGGCUGGGAGGCGGGCGACUGACCGGGUCAGGGCCGGGGAGUCCGUGCCUGACUCUUUGGCAGGAGUGCCCGUAUCUUGCCAAGCCAUGUGAAUAAAAUAAUCCAGAGGUAGCUUUGUGUCAGGUCUCCUCUGUGUGUGUGUUUGUUGGGGGGUGGGGCGCGGGUGCAGAGAAAGGAGUCCCUUGAGGAUGGCCUGAAAGGAUGCUUUGUGCAGUGAGACAGGCCACCCCUGGUCUGAGGAGACUCUGGGAGGCCUUGGGGUGGGCCUGGUGGGAGGGGGCUGUCCUAGCCCUUCAGAAUUCCCAGGGGCCUCUGAGCUGGGGAAGUUCCCCAGCAGAACCCAGCUGCGGGACCCCUCUGCGGGAGACUCUGCCUGUGCUGCGGGACCCACUCCUGCCAGGACAACCCCAGGGCCUCCACCCCAGGCACCCGGCUGCCCUCUUAGGACUAAGUCCCAGGGUCCUCAGCCCCUACUGGGGCUGGACCUCAGCCUCCAGGGACCCAUCUCCACUCAGGAUCCAAGUCCCUAAGCCCCCUCCAGGGUCCCCAGGCUCCCCCAUUUCUCUCUGAGAUGCCCUAGACAAGCUGUCUAGUCCCGAAUCUCCCCCUGAUGCCACUAUAGCCACUCCUCCACUCUCUUCACAUCUCCGCCCUCCCAUUCUAGAGGAAGAAGGGCUAUAGAUCAGUGCCCUUGAGUUGUCCCAAACUCCCCACUUGGCUUCCUUCAAGCCGACCCCGCCUUGGGUCACUCACGACCCAUCACACGCUUCCCCUUCAUGC